AUGGUGGUUCCACCUGAAACUCAACUUGAUGGCAAACCAACUGACCCUCCCAACUUGAGACGCCUCACCUGGAGGGACCUCAUCGAUUCUUGUUGGUCAGUUCCCUCUUCAGUUCUCAGAUUAGUUCAGUCUUCCACUCAUGUAUUUCAUGAUCCUUUACAAAACUUUGCUGCUGCUUGGCCUCAGAUGGAGGAUGCAAAUUAUAAGCGGGUGGCCAUGGCUAGCCUUGUAAAGGCAGUUUACAUGCUUGAACUUGAUAGACAGGAGAACAGAACAGAAGAAAAUGCUCUUGCUCCAAGUUGGUGGAUUCCCUUCAAGUACAAGCUCACACAUAAAUUGAUUGAUAAAAGGGAUGGAUCUAUUUUUGGUGCAAUAUUUGAAUGGGAUAGAUCUGCAGCACUGGCUGACUUUCUACCAUUUAGACCAAAUGGUGCACCUAAAGCUGUUUUGGCACUCAGAGGAACAUUACUCAGAAGCCCUACAAUGCGAAGAGAUAUUGAAGAUGACAUCCGUUUUGCUGUUUGGGAAAGCUUGAAGGGCUCUUUUAGGUUUAAAGAAACAUUGGAGGCACUGCAAUCAGUUUCUGAUACACAUGGAAGCAGGAAUGUCUGCAUUGCAGGGCAUUCCUUGGGGGCUGGAUUUGGUCUUCAAGUGGGAAAGGAACUAGCAAAAGAAGGGAUCAAUGUGGAGGCACAUAUAUUUAAUCCACCUUCUGUUUCGCUAGCCAUGAAUAUUGGAUAUGUUGGAGAAAAGACAGAAUAUGUCUGGAAUGGACUUAAAUCUAUGUUUGCAUCAGGAAGUGAAGCUCAAGUCAGCAAUGAUGGACAUAAGACUUAUAGUAUAAGAGUGAAGCAACUGAUGCGUUGGUUAUCAGGUAUGAUGGAUGCUCGUUUUGCUCUGGGGAAUAGGGUUCCUCAUUUGUAUAUUAACAGCAAUGACUAUAUCAGUUGCCUUUACUUUACUGUUGGAACUAAAGAGAUCACUGACAAGGAAAAUAUGGUUCCGACAGAUGGAGAAAAUUUAGCGAAGUUGUUUGUUGUCUCUAAGGAAAACCAGGGAUUUCUUGAGGCGCAUAGCCUGAAACAAUGGUUAUCAAGUGGUACAGAACUUGAGCAGGAUAUCCAUAAUAGCAAACUCAUAAGCCAGCAACUUAGGUCUUUGAACGUUGCUACACCCUCACUAGUAAUGCUUUUACUUUAUCCACAUUUUGUUUCAUUUGCCAUGAGUCACAUUAACAUCAAAGAAAAGACUGAUUAUAUCUGGAAUAUACUAAAAUCUGUUCCCCUUUCAAGUAGACAAGCUCAAGACAGCAAUGAUGGAGACAGUACUUCUGGUGUAGGUUUGAAGGGUUGGAUACCUCAGUUAUCUGGCUUGAAGGAUGCUGGCUUUUGGGUGGUGAAAUGUGUUUCUUAUCUGAACGUUUACAACAAGGAUGGUGGCACAGGAGAAAAGAUGGUUGAGGAGAAUAAGGAUCCUACAAAUCGACAACUUAGAGCAAAGUUGUUAGUUGUCUCCAAAGAACAACAGAAAUUGCUUGUAGCUCAUGGCCUGAAACAAUGGUGGCCAAGUGAUUCAGAACUUGUGCAAUUUAUCCAUGAUAGGAAACACAUACGGGGGAAGCUUAGAUAUUUACAUACCAGUACUCAUUGGCAAGUAACGCAUUUAUUAAAUCCACCUUUUGUUACUCUUGGCACCGGUCCCAGAAAUAUUGGAGAAAGGCAAGAAUUUGUCUGGAAAUGGAAUAGUCUUAAAUCUAUGCUUCCUUCAAGUAGUGAAACUGAAGGGAGGAUUAGCAACGACAGAGACAAGAGUUCAGAAGUAGAAAUGAAGAGUUGGAUGACUCAGUUAUCUGGCUUGAAGGAUGCUGGGUUUGCUGUGGGCAAAUGGGUUCCUCAUAUGUAUAGUAACAGCAGUGACUAUAUUAGCAGGCAACUUAGAUCUUUAUACUCUUCUACACCUUCUCGAGUAUCUCAUCUAUUCAAUCUGCCUUCUAUUUUACCAGACAUGAGUCACAAAAGUACUGGACAGAAGGUAGGAUUUGUCUGCGAAACCCAGGUCAGCGAUGACAAGAUUUCAGGUACUGAUUUGAAGAGUUGGAUACCUCAAUUAUCUGGCUUGAAGGAUACUGGUUUUAGAGUGAGCAAUUGGAUUUCUCAACUGUAUGCUCGCAAGAGUAUGAAUGACACGGCAGAGAAGAUGGAUGACAUGCAGGUAGCACAAGGAAAGCCAGUUUAA